CGGUAUACGCGGCUGAUUUAAGUUUUGACGUCCUCAGCUUUCGAAAGAAGUGCGGGUUCAAGUCCCGCAGGGCUCAUUUUUUUAUUUCCGCAAUAUAUACUUCGUGUCAACUAAGGCACCUGUACAAAUAGCUUGACAAUACUAGUGACAUUUGGUCUGCCUACCCGUCAUUUUGAGACCCUCAAUGCUCCAUUUUCCUUCUUGAAGCUGGUAACUGCAGUGUAAGUUACUGUGUAUUGUCCUGUCGUGAACUUCCCCUCACGUGUCUCAGCUGUAAAUUCGCGUUGUGAAGGUUAAAGACGCGACCAAGAGCUCCAUCGACACGCUACACAUGAGCUCUCCAGCUGCUUCAGAGCCGCAAGAGCGAGCACCUGCAGCAAAUGGCACACCUGCUCGCUCUGCACGAAAUGGCAACAACUCACCUCUCUUCUUCCCGUCCUCUGCUGUUUCGCAGCGCAUUCUCGGUAGUGAUGCCGCAACACCGCGGCCAGCACCCAGCUCAGCGCGCGCCCGGGGUUCAUCGCCUCUUCGCUAUGGUUCCGCUGCCUUGCGCAGUGAUUUGACGGCUGUGACGGCCGGUACACCGCGUUCACGUCGCGGUGACAUCAAUGCUGCACAAACCCCGUCGCGUCGCUCAGUCUUGUCUGCCAUGCAGCAAUCUGACCAGGCUGAACCUGAAGAAGGCGUGCGCGUUAUUUGGGGAACGAAUGUUUCCAUUGCAGAAAGUAUACAGAGUUUCCGCACAUUCUUGACCUCCUUUAAGCCAAAGUAUCGCAUGAUCGCGCAAGGGGAAGUUCCUGAAGCUGGAGAAGGCGACGAGACCAUUUACUUUGACAAGGUCAAUCAGAUGCGUCAACUGGGCUUGGCAAAUCUCAACCUCGAUGUUCAGGAUCUGGCCGCGUACCCAAUCACCAAAAAGCUCGCCAAUCAACUCAAAAAUUAUCCUCAAGAAAUCAUACCUAUCUUUGAUCAGACGCUCAAGGACGUAAUUCUCGAGAUCCUCGUGGAAGAGAAUGCCUCUGCCGAAGAAAUUGGCGAUGUGGAACGUCAGAUCUACAAGAUUCGUCCAUUCAAUCUCGGUACGAGUCUGAACAUGCGCGAACUCAACCCCGGAGAUAUUGAUAAGCUUGUUUGUGUCAAGGGUCUCGUCAUCCGCUCAACACCCAUCAUCCCGGAUAUGAAGGUCGCCUUUUUCAAGUGUGACAUCUGCAACCAUACCACCAACGUCGAAAUUGAUCGCGGUCGCAUCAUGGAACCCACCGUCUGUCCACGUCGUCAAUGUGGUCAAUCCGAGUGCAUGGUCUUGAUUCACAAUCGCAGCGAAUUUAGCGACAAGCAACUCGUCAAGCUGCAAGAGACUCCCGAUGCCAUUCCCGAUGGUCAAACACCCCAUGCCGUUAGCUUGUGCGUGUAUGAUGAAAUCGUUGAUGUUUGCAAAGCGGGUGAUCGUGUUGAGGUGACGGGCAUCUUUCGGUCUGUGCCAGUACGACUCAACCCGCGUCUGCGUGCCGUCAAGACGCUCUUCAAGACGUAUGUCGACGUUGUGCACAUUUCCAAGACGGACCGCAAGCGACUCGGCCAGGACAUCUCUACACUGACGGACGAGUUGAUGCAAGAAGACACAACUGAGCAGAUUCGCAAGAUUUCAACAGAUGAAAUUGAGAAGAUCAAGGAGAUUGCUGAGCGCGACGACUGCUAUGAAGUGCUGGCUCGUUCAUUAGCGCCUAGCAUUUGGGAAAUGGAAGACGUCAAGAAGGGUAUUCUGCUGCAAAUGUUUGGCGGUACCAACAAGGUCUUCACCCGUGGCGCUGCUCCACGGUACAGAGGCGACAUCAAUGUCUUGCUAUGUGGCGACCCUAGUACCUCAAAGUCGCAAAUCCUACAAUAUGUACACAAGAUUGCACCGCGUGGUGUCUAUACCUCUGGCAAGGGAUCUUCUGCCGUAGGUCUCACUGCCUAUGUCACGCGCGACGCAGACACAAAACAGCUCGUGCUUGAAUCUGGUGCACUCGUUCUUUCUGAUGGCGGUGUCUGCUGCAUCGACGAGUUUGACAAGAUGUCUGAAUCGACGCGUUCAGUGCUGCAUGAAGUGAUGGAACAGCAGACUGUCUCAGUGGCGAAAGCUGGUAUCAUCACAACACUCAAUGCCCGUACAAGUAUCCUGGCCUCUGCCAAUCCAAUCGGCAGCAAAUACAACCCGAACUUGCCAGUCCCACAAAACAUUGACUUGCCACCUACGCUCCUCUCGCGGUUCGAUUUGGUCUACCUCGUGCUCGAUAAGAUUGACGAGACCGCAGAUCGAAGGCUUGCCAAGCAUUUGGUAGGCAUGUACCUCGCCGACCGUACACAAUCUGCAGCGACAGGCUUCACUAUCCCAGUGGACCUUCUUACCAGCUACAUUUCCUAUGCUCGCAAUGAAAUCAAGCCACAAAUGACUGCUGAAGCAGGUGAUGAGCUGGUACGCGCCUAUGUCGAGAUGCGCAAGCUUGGUCAAGAUGUGCGUGCAGCGGAGAAGCGUAUCACUGCCACAACGCGUCAACUCGAGAGUAUGAUUCGAUUGUCUGAGGCACACGCAAAGAUGCGAUUGUCCAGUGAAGUCGUAUUGGCUGAUGUUCAAGAAGCCACGCGACUCAUCAAGGCCGCCAUCAAGGAAUACGCAACAGACAAGGCAACGGGCCGUAUCGACCUCGAUUUAAUCAAUGUCGGUACCUCUGCUGCGCAACGUCGUGCAAAGGUUGACUUGCAGCGAGAAGUCAAGCGUCUUAUUGGAGUGGCGCGUGAAGUUCGCUUUUCAGACUUGCUCAAGAGCGUCAAUGACCAGUCUAACGCUACUGUUGAAGCACAUGAGAUCAACGAGUGCUUGCGUGCCCUCGAAGCGGAAGGAGGCGUUCGCGUUCAGGGACAAGGCAGCAGUCGCAUGAUUCGUGUGGUUGGACCAGCUUCUUAGAGCUAUGUGUAUAGACAAUAAACUUUUUAAACUUGGAAGA